AUGAAUAACACUUUACUUCCCAACUUAGAUGAUAAGCCUUAUUACCAUAUCUAUGAACCUUCACUCAAAGAGACACUUAAUGCCAGUAGACUUUUCACAUUAUGUGUUUAGUUCAUGUAGAAUCAUAAACAGAGUCCCUCUCUCCAAGUGAUGAGAAAUCGAUCUACAUACAAAAUCUAAUAAUGAGGAUGUUCCCUGAAAUCUAACUUAGAUAACAUAGCAUCCUUAUUUGUCAACAUUUGUAUACUAAAACAUACACAAUUUUCUUCAUGAAUUCUAAAUAAGUACCUUAUAGUUAUUGUUGCAAUCGUCCACUCUAAAUUCGUUGCUAUCCAAUAGGCUUUGGUUUAGUUCUAUGUUCAGGAGAUAGAUGUCCUAAACCUGAAUUGAAGGCAUUUAAAUUUAGUGACAAUACUCCAAAAUUAGAGGAGAAAUUGAACAACAAAUUGUCCAAACUUAUUUCUAUGGGGAAACACAAACAUGUCAAUCUAAUCUAAUAGAAACAACGUUUUGGAUUGGAAGAGUUCAAGAAGCAUGUUACUGAGGCUCCAGAAACUGUAAUUGUGAAACCUCGUUCACAAUCAUAUUAUAAGGGAAGUUCAAAUUACUUGAAACGACCCUAUAAAUUAUAAAAAUGGAUCCAUAAUUGAGUCACUACACAUAAUUCUUCAUCGUUGUCACCAAUCUUUGUAAGACCAAUCAAAUCUCUUCUGAACAGAAGGCUCUCCUCAAAUCUAGUCUUACUCACAAAGAAGAAAAAAUAUGUCGCGUUCUCAUUCAAAAUAGUGGACCUGGAAAGUAUUCUUGAAACUUCUCAUUUAAUUAGGGAAAUGCAAUUACGAUAGGCAUUACUAGAUUAUUUAGAUGAAUAAAAUAAGGCAAUACAAAGAAGAAGAUAACAUAAAUCCAAGACUGUACAUUUUAUGAAAGAUGUCACGGAUGAAGAUAAACAAUAGAAUACAAAUAAGCAAGAAUAAUCAAUUCCUCAACCUUUAGCAGGUGUAGGUGCAGUGAUGAUUGAUCAAUUAACAGAAUUAUUGAAUAAGCAUAUUGACAAACAUAAUUUACUUGUACCUGAAGAUAAAGAUAAAUUAUUGUAAUUAUGCAAUUUAAUACUACAACUUACAUCUGAAUAAGGAGAUCUAAAUGGCUAGCAUAUAUAAAAUACAGGUGACGAUAAUAAAUUAGCAGAAAUAAGUGAAAAAGAUGCUGAUUCAAGUGAAGAAGAUGUGUAUGACAAAAUGAAGAGACAAAUAGAUGAAAUCUACAAAGAAUUAAAGAAUAUUUUUACUGGCAACUUGCAUACACAUUUACUUUUAAUGCAAGAAGACAUUUCUUAUGAAAAUUUAUAUUAAGUGCUGAAAUUCCUUCUCAAAAUACUUGUCGAUGCAGAUGAAUUUACUUUUUUCAUUCAUCGAGACAAGGAUUGGGAAGUAUAUUCUUCAGCCAAUGAUUCCAUUAAAGAUGUCACUUUAGAAGAAGCUUAAAAAGUUAAUGAUGAAUUAACAUAUAUUCGACCAUCCUAUAUUCAUAGGGUAGAUUAAAAACAUAAUCAAUAUCCCCAAAUCCAAGAGACCUGUAAAACUAAUGCAUAUGCAUAAACAUCUAUUGUUAAAUUUUAAUUGCAUAUUAAAAAUUAUGAAGUUCUCUUUUGUUUGCAUUGGACAGAUAAGGAUAAAAAGAAUAUCAAGAGAAAUUUUAUUAAGUAAUAACCAAUUUAAUUUAAAUUAGUUAUGCAAAUAUCUAUGGAUUUAAUACAGAUGUUACUCAUUUAGCAUAAUUCUUAGUUGAAACUAUAAUAACUGCUAAAGUAUAAUUCUUUAAUCCAUUACGUUUUGCUGAUCAUGUUUAGGAUAUAGGAAUUACGUUUAUGAGAAUAUCAAGAUUUUUAUUGAUUGAAGGUAUUAAAUAAAUUUUGAGUGUAAAAUAUGAAGUUGAAUAGGAACAAUAAAAUUAAACAGUUGUUAAGAAAGACAAAGAUUUAUCUUCAUUAAAAAUAGAAUUAAAAGAUUCAAAUCAAGUAACAUUUAGUAUUAAGAAUAUGGAUUUGAAAAAUGAAUAAGAUUAACAUUUAUAUUCUCUUGUAAAAAUAUAAUAAUAUAUAAUUAGAUAAUCUAAAUAUUAGAGAAAUAUGAUGGUUAUGUAAAGUUAUGUUAUGAAAAAUCAGCAUUUUAUAAGUAUUUCCUUAGAACUACUGACUCUUUAUUGUUUGAUUUUAAUAAGUAAGGAGAAUUGAUUUUCUUAAGUAGACCUAUUUCUAAAUCUUUGAAGUAAAUUAUAUAUAUAUAAAUAUAAUUAGAUAAAGAUAUAAUAUCAAUUUUGAUCCGAAAGCAAUUCUAUACAAUAAAAUUACUUAUCAGGAUAUAUUCGCUUAAAACAGUAUCAUUUCCAAUAUUGAGGUGAAUAUUUAGAAUAUCCAUGAAAAUAGGCAAAAUCAAUAUUUGAGCAACCUCGAAAUCCCUUAAUUUGAAAUAUUUCUCAAAGUGAUUGAUAAUGACUUUAAAGGAUUUACAGUAAUAUUCCAUGAAAAUGAGGCAAGAAGACUUAAACAUUAUUUUAUGACUUUGAAAAUAGACAGCAUGACUAAUGAUUUAUAGAAGGAAGCUGAAGUUAAUAAAUCAUUUGAAGAAGAUAUUUAAAGAUAGAUAUUAAUUCAAUAUAAUAAACAUCAAACAUUUAAGUUUCUAAAUUAAUUAGAUGAAACACAAGAUGUAGCAAAUUCAAUGAUAGCUUUAUUUAUACCUGAAAAUGAAUUAUAAUAGAUUAGACAUCGUAAACCUGAUGUAAAGGGUUCUGAUUCAUAAUCAAAAGAUAUAUAAAUUGAUUAAUGGAUUAUUCCACCUUAAAAGAAAAAGAAGAUUAGUUCUAGUGUUUAUAUCAAAUAUUAAUAAUAAUUAGAGUAGGUAGAUAUAAAUUAAUUUAAAAUUUGUGAGAGAGAUUCUUAAUUAGAUUUAUUUGAAUUUAACAUUUUAACUUUGGAUUCUUCAUAAGAAAAACAUAGAUUAGUAUAUAGUAUUUUAGAAAAGAAUGGAUUUAUUACUUAAUAUAAUAUGAAUAAUUAAUGUUUAGCUUAAUUUUUAAGUGUUCUAUAAAAGAAAUAUAAUAAGAAAAAUAAUUCAUUUCAUAAUUAUGAUCAUGGUAUAUCUGUUAUGUAAAGUGCUCAUUUCAUGUUAUAAUGUGAAAAGGCUAAAUAAUUUAUUGAUGAUUUUCGAAGAAUGGCGACUAUCAUUUCUGGUCUAUGUCAUGAUGUUUCACAUACAGGCAGAACAAAUGUAUUUAUGAUUAAUAGUCAAUCUAAAUUAGCCACCAGAUAUCAUGAUUCAAGUGUAAGAAUAUAUUUAUUAUAUAGCCUCUUGAAUAACAUCAUGCAGCUACUACAAUAUUCAUGCUUAAAGAUUAAUCACUCAAUUUCUUAAGUAAUCUAACUAAAGAAUAGCAUUAAUAAUUUAGACGCAUUCUUAUAGACAAUAUUCUCUAUACAGAUAUCAAAGUUCAUUUUACUCUAUUGAAAGAUUUUGAAAGUAGAAUUAAAGAAGAUGUGGCUAAACCAUUUGGAACUGGAGAUGACGAUCUUAAAUUAUUAACAGGAAUGAUAAUUCAUACUGCUGAUUUUAAUGGAGGAGCUAAAGUUUUUGAUAUCUCUAGAAUUUGGUCUGAAAGAGUGAAUAAAGAAUUUAGUGCUUAAUAUGAAGAGGAAGGUAGAUUGGGUAUACCAUAAACACCUUUCUUAAAGGAUUUAGAUAAAAUACAUAUUAUGGCUAAAUCUGAAAUGGGAUUCUUUAAAGUUAUUGUAAGACCUUUAUGGUUUACUCUAAAUGCAUUUUUUGUAAAUAUAUGAAUAUCAUUCCAUUAGGAUGGCUAUUUGCAUUAGAGUAUAACCAAUCUUGAUAACACUAUUAUUAGUUGGGAAAAGAUCUAUCAUGCCAAUCUUCCAAAAGAAGAACGACCAUCAUAAUAAUCAUGA